GUUGGUUAAACACGUGCCAAGAAAGUUGAAGCUCGUCGCGUUUGAUGCUAGGGUAGAGCAGCGUGAAUCGUGAAAGAGACGGACGUGCGUAAAUCAGAUGGGCAGUGAAAAGUCGUGCCGUGUGUUGGUGAAAACAGUUUUCCCCUCCUAGCGCUCAAAGCUGUUCGUUUUGAUUCUACUGUUCAUCGUACAUGGUGUCUAAUGAAACACUUUUAAAACGUAAGGUGCGCGGUAGCAAGAGACACACUUGUUACAGAAGCAAACGACAUUUACGAUUACCAGCAACACUGAAAUCAUAUCAACACAAAUUACACGUGUUCGAAAUAUACACAGCAGUGCGAGGAUACAACAUUUUCACUACACAACAUCCUACUACCUACUAGUAUUCGGAGCGCCACGACCUUGACCAGCGCAGCGCGAAUUUUCCUAACAAUUCGAGCAACACUCAAGGACAGAAGGACACUGUGUAGUAAGCCACCGAAAUGGACGUCCAAAUACAGGUUCCCAAUUAUUAUCUGGUUGCGCUGUGACAGCAUUCCUGCGAGUUAGCGAUCGCGUAGCUCAACAUAACAAUCCGUUGUGUUGGUGAAUGCGCCAUACUUUCAGAAGGGAGAAUCAACAAGUGGCAAUAACCGGUGUCAGUUGAACAACACAAACAGAGAGAAUAAUCCGGAGAGGAGAAGAAAGAGAGCAAAACCUAAAGCGAUAGCCAUGUACGGAAGAUCGAGCAUAAAUUCCAUCGAUGGUAGAUCAUCGUCCACCGAUGACAGUGGAGACCGGGUCGGAAGGGGGACCGACAGGGAUGGUAUCCAUGGCUGCAGCGGCAGAGCCCACAGCCUCAUCAGCAGUAUUGGUGCAGGCGACCGCUCGUCAGUUGAAACCGGACCGCGCUCAAGUCGAGACGUUUGUCGAAGUACUUCUAGUAAUUGUUCCUCGAUUGACAGCCGCGUUUAUAGUCCUUGCAGUGGCAGUAGUACCGGCUGCCAAAGUCCUGAAUACGACCAAAACAUACUCAAAGCUCGUGCCAGUGUUCUCAACCAGUUGAGCAGUGUUUUCGGGCAAAAACUGAAUCGACGGUUUUCUGGUGGACAGGGAACCCCUCCCCAAUACUACCAGGAGCUCACUGCCCAGCAGCAACCUCGCGAGUACGACGAUCCGGAAGACGAGGAGGCAGAAAUGGAAGCGGAACGGGAGCUGGCCGAAGAUGCCCAAUGGAAGCGGAUACAGCAGAACACAUUCACCCGCUGGGCUAACGAGCACCUGAAGAUCAUCGACCGAAAUAUCGCCAACCUGGAGACGGACCUGGCCGACGGGCUGAAGCUGAUCGCCCUGAUCGAGGUGCUCUCGCAGAAACGUAUGAGCAAACACAACAAACGGCCCACGUUCCGCAGCCAGAAGUUGGAGAACGUUUCGGUGGCGCUGCAAUUCCUGCAAAUCGAAGGAAUUAAAAUCGUCAAUAUUGAUUCAUCGGACAUUGUGGAUUGCAAAUUAAAGCUAAUCAUGGGUCUCAUUUGGACGCUGAUCCUGCACUACUCCAUCUCGCUGCCCAUGUGGGAAGGCGAUGAUCAUGAAUCGGCAACGAAUGGGAACAACCCCACGCCGAAGCAGCGGCUGAUGAACUGGAUCCAGCGACUGGUGCCAGAUUUACCGAUCAACAAUUUCACAAACGACUGGACCAGCGGUAAGGCAAUCGGUGCAUUGGUCGACGGAGUAGCGCCUGGUCUUUGUCCGGACUGGCCCCUGUGGGACCCGAAAGAUGCCGUCCAGAAUGCGACCGAAGCGAUGGGCCUGGCAGACGACUGGCUCAACGUGCGACAACUGAUCCGCCCGGAGGAAAUGGUUAACCCCAACAUUGACGAGCAGUCCAUGAUGACCUACUUGUCACAAUACCCGAACGCGAAGCUCAAACAAGGUGCCCCACUGCGGCCGAAAACUAACCCCAACAGUAUUCCACCGCCGCGGGUGCGCGCAUAUGGACCAGGCAUUGAACCGACCGGGCCGGUUGUUGGAGCCCCCGCCAAUUUCACCGUUGAAACGUUCUCAGCUGGAAAAGGAACAGUCGAUGUGGCCGUCAUCAAUCCGAAAGGGAACGCCGAGAAAGCGGACUGCCGGUUUAACAACGAUAAAAACCUCACUUAUUCGGUUUCCUACGUACCGAAAAUUGAAGGUCCCCAUAAGGUGUACGUCAAAUUUUGUGGCCGAGAUAUCCCGAAAAGUCCCUACGAGGUGCAAGUGGACAGUCACGCAGGUGACCCAUCUAAAGUGGUCGCAAGCGGACCCGGAAUUCAGCCGGAUGGAGUAUGCGUCAAUAAACCGACCUAUUUCGACAUUUCGACCAAGGAAGCUGGAAAGGGUGUUCCGGAAGUUAUCAUACUAGAUCCUGCCAAUCAUAAGACAACUGUCGCGGCAAAAUUGCGCCAAAUAGCUCCGAAUCAGUACCGCUGCGAGUAUACAGCCAACAUGGUUGGCUUGCACUCCGUUAACGUUUUCUACAAUGGACACCAAAUCAAGAAUAGUCCUUAUGGAGUACGAGUUGCUCCAGUUUGCGAUCCUCGAAAGGUGAGAGCUAGUGGACGUGGCUUGCAACCCGUUGGAGUUCGUGUUAAUGAUGACGACGUUAGUUUCAAGAUCUACACUGAGGGAGCAGGUGAGGGAACUCCAGAGGUGAAAGUUUUCGGACCCGGAGGAGUAAUCCCGGAGUACAACAUCCGCAAGCUCGAUGGUACUACCUAUGAAGCUCAAUACAUUCCAUUGAAAGAGGGACGCUACAAGAUUUUGGUGCUUUUCGGUGGUGUAGAAAUACCCAAAUCGCCAUUCGAGGUCACAGUAGGUCCUCAAAAGCACACGUCCAUAGUAGCGUAUGGACCGGGACUUAAAUCAGGCAUGGUUGGUAGCCCGGCUAGCUUCGUGGUGGAAACAAAUGGUGAAACCGGAAACCUUGGCUUUAGCAUAGCUGGACCUUCGCAAGCUGAGAUCGAGUGUCACGACAACGGAGAUGGGUCGGCUCUAGUCAAGUAUCAUCCGACCGUUGCGGGAGAAUACGCCGUUCAUAUUCUGUGUGACAACGAAGAUAUUCCCAAAAGUCCAUACAUUGCUCAAAUCUUGCCUAAAGUUGAUGACUUCCAUCCAGAGCUGGUGAAAGUGUUUGGUCCAGGGAUUGAAAAAAACGGCAGUGUUAUAAUGAACAAGCCAACCGAGUUCACAGUGGAUGCCAGCAGAGCUGGAGAUGCUCCACUGGAGGUGAAGAUCAACGACGUAUUCGCGAACACAAUCCAGCAUAAAUUCAUCAAGAAUGAAAAUGAUACUAAAAAGGUACUCUACACAGCACCCACUGCUGAUCCGGUUACAGUCGAAGUAAACUACGGCGGUGUAGCUAUUCCUGGAUCUCCCUUCCGGGUUAACGUCUCAACUCCGCUGGAUGCCUCCAAAGUGGAGUUUUUUGGUCCCUGGUUGGAGAAUGGAAACAGACCUAAUGCUGCCACUCAUUUUAACGUAGAUGCCAGAAAUGCUGGAAAUGGGCUGCUAGAGGUCAACCUGAUCCACGACGAAACCAAGCAGAAGAUCCCAGUUCGUAUUAUCGACAAUGACGACAACACAUAUGCAGUCGAGGUGAUUCCACCCCUGCCUGGAACUUACACAACCAAUUUAGUCUACGGUGGACUGAGGGUCCCGGUAGCUCCGAAAGUAACUGUCAACCCAGCGGUGGAUGUUUCCAAAAUUAAGGUCGACGGGUUAGAACCAACGGCUCCGUUGAACAGUUUACAGCAGUUCCGUGUGAUAACGAAUGGUAUUGGUAAAGCCGAUCUUGCCGUUACUAUAACGAGUCCCUCCGGAAAUCGGAUCAAAGCCCAUGUUAUCCCUACAGCGGAAGGCUUCCUCGUUAAUUUCACUCCGACGCAAUUGGGGGAAUAUCUGCUCAGUGUAAGUUUCGGUGGCACUCCAAUAACGCCCCAACCUUUCCGGUUGCAGUGUCUAGUAGGUUCCGAUUCCCGAAAGGUCCAGGCCAGUGGCCCUGGUUUAAUCAAAGGUAUCAUCAAUCGCCCGGCGGAAUUCAUGAUCGAUACACGAGGUGCCGGGCAAGGAGGUCUAGGAGUUACUGUUGAAGGUCCCUGCGAGGCAGCCAUAAACUGUCGAGACAACGGGGACGGCACCUGCAAUGUUGCAUACUUGCCAACAGAGAUCGGCGACUAUACGAUCAACAUUACCUUCAAUGACAAUCACAUUGCAGGAUCACCUUUUCAGGCGAUCAUUUUUCCCGAACCAAACCUCAGCCGUAUUAGGGUGUCCGGAAUGGGAAUUCAACCGCACGGUGUCAUCAUGAAUGCUCCAACGGAUUUUAUGGUUGACAUGAGCAAGGUAGGCGACGACGUGGACAAAGGCAAACUGUCGUGUAAUAUUUUCGACCCCCGAGGAAAUGAGAUUCCAAGCAAACUUGUCCCGGGAGACAAUAGUGACAUUUUCCGCAUCAUGUACACCCCAUUCGAAGCUGGUCGUCACACAAUCGAGCUGUUGUACGAUAACGUUCCCGUUCCUGGAUCACCGUUCGUAGUCAACGUGAAAUCCGGUUGUGAUCCGACACGUUGUCGUGCCUUCGGGCCAGGCCUAGAACAUGCACUUACUGAUCAACCAGCAACAUUCACUGUGGAAACCCGUGGUGCCGGAGCCGGUGGUCUAUCGCUUGCAAUCGAAGGCCCAUCAGAAGCCAAAAUGAGCUGCACUGACAAUCGGGACGGAUCCUGUGAUGUGGAGUACGUUCCGACAGAACCGGGUGAGUACGACAUCACUAUACGCUUUGCUGAGAAGCAUAUUCCCGGUUCUCCGUUCAAAAUAAUGGUCAGUGAAGCCACCCGUCCUGACAAGGUCAAAGUGUACGGGCCGGGUAUUGAGCAUGGCCAGGUUCAUGAGGGUGUUCCAUCGGAAUUCUACAUCGAUUGCGGUCAAGCUGGACCGGGUAAAAUCGGCGUUAAACUUACGUCUUCCAAUGGAAAGCCUAUAAGCGUCCAGGUGGAGGACAAAGGUGAUGGUGUCUAUGCCGUGUCAUACAGCCCCCCUAAGGAAGGCUCAGUUCUCACUGCCAACGUUAGCUUCGCAGAUCAAGAAGUCAGUGCGAGUCCCUUUGUUAUGACUGUCGGUCCGGCCCCCACUGACAGUGGUGCUGGUAAAGUUUACGGCGACGCAACAACCAAGAAAAAACUUCCAGCCUCCUUGCCUGCCAAAUUCCAAAUUGAUGCCCCGAAGAAAGGUACUAGCGAGGCACCUGGCAAGGAAGAUAUCAUUGUUAGCAUAAAAGGACCGGACGGCAAAUCGCUCGUUCCGAAAAUGGAGCAGGUCGAAGACGGCACAUACGCCGUAACCUUCGUCCCGGAUGAAUGUGGUCCGUACAACGUUAGUAUCAAAUGUGGCGGAAAAGAUGUGCUUGGUUCACCGUUUCGGCUACAGGCGAUUCCCACUGGAGAGGCGGAGAAAGUUAAGCUCCUAGAAUCUAUUCCAACCAGCCAGGAGUAUGGAAAGAAGAAUCAUGUAGCAGUCGAUGCGCGUGAAGCCGGCACCGGAGCGGUCACGUGCAAGAUAGUGUCACACUCGGAAGCUUGUGACGUGGACCUAGAGGUAACGGAAAAGGAUGGCUUCUUUGACAUCUUCUACACCUUGAAGAAUCCCGGUGACUACGAUUUGGACAUCAAGUUCGGCGGUCAAAACAUCCCGAACGGCACCUUCACGAUCAAGGCAGUCGAGAGCGUAGAGGAGCAGGUCACCAGUAGUACCAGCAGUACGACAAAGACCUCAUCAGCAACCGUCUCAGAGAACCAGCAAAUCUAUCAACAUCAGGAGUCCUACGUAGAACAAGUAUCUUCCGUAUCAAAAUCCAAGCAAAUACAUCACCAGACAGCCUGUGAAGAGUUCUUGGUUCGGGAACGGCUAGUCAACGGCAAGUACGAGAACGGUCUCACUAACGGGAACCACGUGAACAACGUUCAUUCGAACGCCGUCAAUACUCACACCAGCAACAGUAGUAACAAUAGCACAACAGCAACCUCAGUCACUGCAACCAGCACAUCUACCUCCAACUCCACCACUAGUUCGGCCAAAUUCCGCGAUUUUAAACUUGAUCGGUUGCAUCUUCCGCAGACCGGAGGAGAGGUUACCGCCGAUAUCAAGAUGCCGACCGGACAGGUAGAUAAGCCAGUUAUUGAAGAUAACCACGACGGUACUGUAUCGAUCAAGUAUGAUCCCAAAGAGGAAGGAGUUCACGAGCUGGCAGUCAAGUACAACGGUGAACAUGUUCAGGGCUCUCCGUUCAAGUUCCAUGUCGACUCGAUCUCCAGCGGGUAUGUCACAGCUUACGGACCAGGUCUGAUUCAUGGAGUUACUGGUGAACCGGCCCUGUUUACCAUCUCCACCAAGGGUGCAGGAGCUGGUGGACUUCAGAUGGCGGUAGAAGGACCUAGCAAAGCCGAUAUCACGUACCACGACAACAAAGACGGAACGGUGUCCGUUUCCUACCUCCCAACAGCACCCGGCGAAUAUAAAAUUACCGUUCGCUUCGGUGAUAAACACAUUAAAGGGUCGCCUUAUUUUGCCAAGAUCACCGGUGAAGGUCGUAAACGUAACCAAAUUUCUGUUGGCUCCUGCUCGGAAGUCACAUUGCCUGGAGUCAUUUCCGAUAAUGAUCUACGCUCACUGAACGCCUCGAUUCAAGCCCCCUCUGGGUUGGAAGAACCUUGCUUCCUGAAACGUAUGCCAACUGGAAACAUCGGAAUUUCGUUUACCCCUCGUGAAGUCGGAGAGCACACAGUGUCUGUCAAGCGUAUCGGUAAACACAUAGCCAACUCACCGUUCAAGGUUAAGGUCUGUGAACGUGAGGUAGGAGACGCGAAGAAGGUUAACGUUACAGGCAAUGGUCUGAAGGAAGGCAAAACUCACUCGGAGAACGUCUUCUCGGUAGACACUCGUAACGCCGGCUAUGGUGGUCUUUCACUUUCCAUCGAAGGGCCAAGUAAAGCCGAAAUCCAGUGCACUGACAAGGAUGAUGGCACGCUGAAUAUCUCAUACAAACCAACGGAACCUGGCUACUACAUUGUGAAUCUGAAGUUUGCCGAUCACCAUGUCAGUGGAUCUCCGUUCACCGUCAAAGUUUCCGGUGAAGGUACCAACCGACAGCGCGAGAAAAUCCAACGUCAACGGGAAGCCGUUCCUCUUACCGAAGUCGGUAGCCAGUGCAAACUCACGUUUAAAAUGCCUGGCAUCACUUCAUUUGACCUAUCGUCGACCGUUACUUCACCCGGUGGGGUUACUGAGGAUGCGGAAAUCCAGGAGAUAGAAGACGGUCUCUAUGCGGUACACUUCGUCCCGAAGGAACUGGGCGUGCACACUGUCUCCGUCAAGUAUAAGCAGAUCCACAUCCCUGGAUCCCCAUUCCAAUUCACUGUCGGCCCGUUGAAAGAUACCGGUUCUCAUUUGGUCAAGGCAGGUGGCGCUGGAUUGGAACACGGAGAGCAAGGUGUGCCAUGUGAAUUUAAUGUGUGGACUCGCGAAGCUGGUGGUGGCACCCUGGCCAUUUCAGUGGAAGGUCCUAGCAAGGCAGACAUUGAGUUCAAAGACCGCAAAGAUGGAUCAUGCGAUGUUGCGUACGUGGUUAGUGAACCUGGUGACUACCGUAUUGGUCUUAAGUUCAACGAUCGCCAUAUUCCGGAUUCACCCUUCAAAGUGUACGUUUCACCAGCAAUGGGAGAAGCACACAAGCUGGAGAUCGCUCAGUUCCCGGUUAGUCCGGUACAAGCCGAUAAGCCAGCACAGUUCAUCGUGAGAAAGAAUGGUGCAAAGGGUGACCUGGACGCAAAGGUGGUGGCUCCAUCGAACAACGAAGAUGAUUGUUUCAUCCAGCUAAUCGAUCAAGACCAGUACUCGGUUCGAUUCUACCCACGGGAAAAUGGAAUUCAUGCAAUUCACGUUAAGUUCAAUGGCGUUCACAUACCCGGAUCACCGUACCGCAUCAAGGUUGGCAAGGACGAUGUUGACCCUGCAGCAGUGCAUGCAACCGGUAAAGGUCUCGGGGACGUAAAGACCGGUGAAAAAACUGACCUAAUAAUUGAUACCUGCAAUGCUGGUGCCGGAACUCUCGCUGUUACCUUGGAUGGACCCUCGAAAGUAGCAAUGGACUGUACCGAAGUAGAAGAAGGCUAUAAGGUACGGUACACUCCACUGCUUCCUGGAACUUACUACAUGACCAUCAAGUACAAUCAAAUGCAUAUCGUCGGAUCCCCGUUCAAGAUCAAUUGCACAGGGGUUACAGGUGACAAGCUCGCAGAGGAAGGUGGCCAGGAAACGUCUUCGGUGGUGGUAGAAACAGUCGCGAAAGUUUCCAAAGCGGGUAGUCGAGCAGGAGUCAUACUACCGAUCUUCAAAUCGGAUGCCAGCAAAAUUCAAUCCAAAGGCAUGGGUCUCAAGAAAGCCUAUCUCGGCAAGCAAAAUCAGUUCACGUUAAAUGCAGGAGAUGCCGGAAAUAAUAUCCUAUUCGUUGGCAUUUAUGGACCAAAAGGACCCUGCGACGAAGUGUUCAUCAAGCAUACCGGCCGCAAUCAAUACAAUGUAAAUUACCUAGUACGCGAACGUGGCGAAUAUAUCCUUUUGGUGAAAUGGGGCGACGAUCACAUCCCUGGUUCGCCAUUUAAAGUUGAGGUGUAAGCCGUCUCAGUUGCCGCCACCAUUGCCAUCACCAUCGUUGUCCUGCGCCCCCAUAUCCUCCUCCCUGAGUGUCGUUGCGUGUGUGCGCGUUAGUGCCUUAUAAAUCUAUCAAACUCGAAGUAAACCAAGUAGAACCCAAAUUCAACUGGAUCUAUCCGCGAAACAGUGAAACAAUUUUUAAAAUGUGGUCUAAUUCAAACUUUUUAUCAACCUGUACCCAUGAAAGACAUGUUAAAGCAGCAUGGAAAAAAAACAAGUGAACCAAAAUUAUAAUACGUAGUGAAAAGUACGAAAACUUUACACUACAGAGCCAACAAGGUGCUCAUCGUUGGUUUCGAUACCAAGGAAGAUCAACUUUUUGGCUCUGUAGUGUACAUUCUCUCUGGAAGUUAACGGAAGCUUCAUGCAGGAAACAAUGAGGUUAAGAUUUUCUAUUCCCUUCCCAGAAAAAAAACACACACAAUUUUGCAACUUCCCUGUUUGAAAAUACGGAAACUUUAAAGCCGAAACCCACGAGACAAAGACAAACACUAAUAAUUAACUAAGAAGCGUCACCAAGAUUUUAAAAUUAUAUCGAACGGCAGUAAUCAACCGCUCAAAAGCCAUCGACAGAUCAGAGCCAUUGGAUUUUAUUUAACUUAUAAAUUCAGUUGAAAUCAACCAACCAAGAGAUAUUAAUUAUUGUAACUAUCUCGAAGAGCAAAUCAAAAUAGCAACAAUACAACCUACGAGCAGCGAGAGAAAUCAUUAAUGUUAUUCUAGUUAUUAUUCUCAAUUACGAUAAUGUUCGAUUAAGUUUUUUUUAUUCGUUUUUCAUAUGCUUCUUUUAUAAGUACACAUUCAAAAAAUUUCAAGUAAAAUUACAUUUUUUUGCCACACAUAAAUGGAGCAUUAUAAUCGGUUUUGAUUCAUCUAAUGUGAAAUUUAAGUAUCAUUUCGUUGCAAAUGCAAACUGCAGCCGACAUAACCUCAAACAAAGAUUAUUUGUAACGGCCUCAAGUUAAUUCUGACAAAAAAAUAAGAUGAUGUGAAUUUGAAUAUCAAGUACUUACAAUCUGGGUUGGAUAACGUUCUAUUUAUGUGCUUCAAAAAAGAAUGUAAAUUAACUUGUUUUUCAUCCCGGUUUUGCAUGGCUCGCGAAGUUGGAUGAAGUUUAUUCUUGCUAUGUACGACUUGUCAUCUGUGUCGCCUUUUUUUUUUAAAUUGUAUGUGUCUAGCAAUAUCGUUAGUCGAAGUUAUGAUUUUAUUUUUAGUUUGUAUGACUUUAGUUAGUAUUUUUUUUUUCCUUUACGUUGAACAUUUCUCAUGAAAAAAGGAUAUCUUUAUUUAUUAUUUUUAGAAAGGAUUUUUUUAUUAUAAAACAACAAAUAAAAUCGUUAAUAAUAAAAAUCAAUAAAAUCAUUUAAACGACAA